CAAAAGUGUUAACUCGCAAGCACCUGCUGUCGUCUGAAUUUGUGUAAACAAAACAUUGUUUUAGUGAAUAAAUUGGUUAUAAACAAAAUGGCUGUACCAUUCUCGAAUACAAAAUUGAGGGUUCCAAAGGGAUUCCAAAACAUCCUUGAAGGAUUAGCAAGAGAAAUUCUUCGCAGCCAGCCAGAGAAUCCAUUUGAGUUUGGUGCAAAAUAUUUUGAACAACUCAUGAGAGUCAGAGAAGAGACUGGCCAUGACCCUGCAGUUCACGGGGCCAGACUGGAAGACAGAUUCUACAACAAUGACUCCUUCAAGUCACCCUCAGUGGACCCAAGCUCCCCUCAACAGCAGGACGCAGCACUCACCAUCCAGACAAACUACCGUAAACACACCGCGGAGCAACAGGUGGAAAAUAUGAAGGAGGAUGAGGCCGCGGAGAAGAUUCAGGCUGGAUUCCGUGGAUACCAGGACAGACAGAAGUUUGCAGACCUCAAGUCGAGGAAAUCAGGUGGCAUCCCUGCAGACAACAGGGAACCGGAAAAGGGGGGUAAACAAGAGGAGGAGGAAGAGGUAGACAUUGACCUUAAUGACCCCGAUGUUGAGAAGGCUGCAGUGAAGAUUCAAGCAGGAUUUAAAGGUUUCAAGGCCAGACAGGAGAUUAAGGAGAUGAAGGAGAAAGCCCCUGAGCCUGCUCCAAGCCCUGAGCCCACAAAAACCCAAGCCCAGGAAGAAGAAGAGGUUGACAUUGACCUCAAUGACCCAGAGGUUGGUGCGGCGGCCCUUAAAAUCCAGGCUGGGUUUAGGGGCCACCAAACUCGCCAACAGUUGAAGGAUAAGCAGGCCCAAAGUCAGGAGCCCAAAACUGAUGAGCCCAAAGAGGCUGAAGCCCUUGCAGAGGAGGAGGAGGUUGACAUUGACCUUAAUGACCCUGAAGUCGGUGCGGCGGCCCUUAAAAUCCAGGCCGGGUUUAGGGGCCACCAAACUAGACAGCAAAUAAAACAGCAGAAGGAAAGUAAAACAGAGACCUCUACACAGGAGACGGAUGUAAAGAAAGAAGAGGAUCUAGACUUGGAUAUGAAUGACCCAGAACUCGCUGGGGCUGCUGUUAAGAUUCAGUCAGGUUUCAGGGGCCAUAUGGCCCGGAAAGAAAUACAGGCUAAAAAGGAAUCCAAGCAGACAGAUAAAUCGCCCCCAGAGCCUGUAAAAGAGGAGAAAAAAGAAGAAGUUGACAUUGACCUAAACGACCCUGACACCGAAAAAGCUGCGUUGAAGAUCCAGGCCGGGUUUAAGGGAUACCAGACGAGAAAAGACCUCAAAUCGAAAAAGGAAGCUCAGACACAACAAGUAAGCAAAGAGGAUGUGAAAGCACCAUCUCCAGAGGCAACAGAAGAGAAAAAAGAUGAAGUUGACAUUGACUUGAAAGAUCCCGAGGUGGAAAAAGCUGCAGUGAAAAUUCAGGCAGGAUUUAAGGGCUACAAAACAAGACAAGAAAUUAAAGCCAAGAUAGAUUCAUCAGAAACACAAGGAGAAGAAAAGGCAGAUGAUAAAUCGGAAGAAAAAACAGAUGAAGCAAAAACAGAUGCUGAUGAAAAGACAGAAGGUGAGACAGUUGACAUUGAUUUGAAUGACCCUGAAGUGGCUCAGGCUGCCACUAAGAUACAGGCGGGGUUUAAGGGAUAUAAAACUCGGCAAGAGCUCAAGCAGAAAAAAGACAGCGAAGAAAAUUAAAUAAAUUAGUAAAGAGUAGUUAUCAAUUUAGAAUUCAAUGAUUAUAAAAAUGACUUGACCAAAGCAAUAGCAUUAUUAAAAGUUUUUGAUUAUCAAUAAGACAAAUAGUUAGUCUUUGUUUGAUGGGGUUUCUCCUAUUUAAAUAUAUUUUUUUUAUUUUUAAAAAAAUAUUAGAAUUUUCUUAAAAGACACUUUAUGAUCAACUGCAAAGCUUAUUUUAUUUUUAAAUGUGUAUAAUACUAAUCGGAAAGAAUAAUACAAAUACAAUAAGAUGAUAAAAAAUACAUUUUAUAGAUUUGCUUAUUAUUUUAUAAAUCGUGAUAUAUUUAUUAUUAAUAGAUGUUUGAUCUAUUUAUUCUUCUCUAGUUUCUGUUGUUGAUAUACCGUCAUGCAUUGUAUAUGUAUUUUUAUCUUUUUUUCACAGGUUAAUACAAACAAAAGGUAGUGUUGAAAAUCUGUGUUUGUGCUAAAGGAAUGAUUGUUUGCUUUUUUAGGAAGAGUUGAAGCAAAAAAUAACAUUUUUUGGCAGUAUUCCAAAUCUAUAACAGCACUACAUGUUUUGUUUUUAUGUCAGAACUGUAAAACUGAACUAAGGAAAAAUUACUGAAAAAUGGCUUAUUAAGUUAAUAUCCUGACUUUGAUCAAUAUCUCUAUCAUUCUUGGAGAACUAUCUGUCUGAUCAAUACAAUACCAGCUUUGGCAAUCCUUGUCAGACUUAACUUAGCACUGCCAUUUUGUGAAAAUGCUUAUUUUUGCAGUGUUUUCUCCCUUUGAAAAAUGUCUUAAAUGUUCAGUAUUCAAAAUAUUAAAUUUUCUGUUUUCAAAUGUAGGUUGAAAUUUUAUAACGGUAUGUGUGUAACAGUAUGCAAGAAAAAUGAAGACACUACUUAAUUAAAUGAUUUCACAAAAAUCGUUUCUUGUGUAAAUGUAGAAAUAAAGCAGGAUCAUUCAUAGAAAUUUCACUUUAAAAUCAUAACAUCACUUCAGAAACAGUUUAGGCAAUAAUAGUUAUAUUUCGAGAGAUUAUUUGGUCCCAAGAUCACAUGGAAAGCUUGGUGUGUGUUUGUUAGCGCUAACAUUGCGUGUACGGUGUCACUGUGUGUUUAGUGCGUGUUCAAAUAACAAAUAUUAGUGCCCCCCUUUAAUAAACACAGAAUCUUCGUAAUACUUAAUACAUUUGUAUCUGACAAUUAUGCGUUCUAUUUAUCAUUACAAUUGAAGUCAAUUUUGUAAAUCAGUUGAUGGAACAUUUUACAUGUAUUCAUGAUUAUAUAUAUAUCAGAAUACAGUCAAGCGUAAAAUCUUUUAACUUAUAUCAAGUUCAUUAACUGUUUUAUGGUAAAAAUGAGUCAUGAUUUAAACUAAGUGAAAUUUUAAAUACUUCUUAAUUAUUAUACAUGCAAUUUGGAACUAUUUUUUUUGUUUCAAUAAAUUGACUUUAUGCAUUACUGUAUUAUUUAAUAUAUUGCUUUAUUAGCAUUUAUAAAUGUUAUGUAUGUUCCCGAAUCAGCACAGGAUAAAUGUAACGUUUGAAAGCUAUAUUUCUCAUAUAUUUCAAUUGUUCUCUUCUUUUAUCAAUAUACAUUGAUUUUGUUCUUUACUUACUUGUGUAUUGUUAUAAGUCUUUUAUACCGGUACCUUCGAGUUAGGUUGUGAAAUAUUUUCGUCAUUGUAUGUAUUACCAUUUGUUAGAACAUUUUUGUUGCAUUUUCGAUCUAGCAUUGUGCUAUGCAACUGUAUUUUUAAAUAAAAAAAUAAAACAUCUCAAACUAA